UCGCCGAACCCAGGGAAGGGUCCAGAUGGAGAGAAAUGCUGCCCUUUAAUCCAUGGAGAAAUGGCAUAUAGGUUCCUUUCCAGCCGAGUUGCGCCUUCCGCAAACAAGCAAACGCGAAGAUUUAUUUUCAUAUUUACCUUAUCUUUGUCCUUCACUUAUUUAUGCUAUAGCAUUAUAUUCUACUCGGACACCAUCAUGCAAAGCCAGAGUUAUGAAGAGCAUAGGUGCCUCCUCUUCCAGAAUAUAGGGAGCAAAAAACUUCUCCAAAAAUCACAAUGCACUAUGCGCCCGGACACCAAAGUUAUCAUGGGCGACACCUCGGGUGUCCGUCUUUAUCACCGGGAAGAAACUCCUGAUGGCAACUUAACCAAAAACGCCGAUUCACGCAGUGCACAGCAGCGCGGUAUUAACCCGACUAAUCGGAGAUCGAUUAAUAUCACCGUCGUCCCAAAACAUGGAAACAAGAAAUUACCCAAUGCCCUGAUCGUCGGCGUUAAGAAGGGGGGUACCAGAGCGGUGCUGGAGUUUAUAAGGAUCCACCCAGACGUCCGAGCGGUUGGAACGGAACCACAUUUCUUUGACAGAAAUUAUGAUCGAGGUUUAGACUGGUACAGGGGCUUGAUGCCGAGGACUCUGGACAGCCAGAUCACCAUGGAGAAGACGCCCAGCUAUUUUGUGACACAGGAGGCUCCGAGACGGAUCUCCAGCAUGUCCCGGGACACGAAGCUGAUCGUGGUGGUUCGCAACCCUGUGACAAGGGCUAUCUCAGACUACACCCAGACCCUGUCCAAGAAGCCCGACAUCCCCAGCUUUGAAGACCUGGCCUUUAAGAACAGGAGCCUGGGGAUGGUGGACACCUCCUGGAACGCCAUCCGCAUCGGCCUCUACACGCUACACCUGGAGAACUGGCUUCAGUACUUCCGGCUCUCCCAGAUGCACUUUGUCAGCGGCGAGCGGCUGAUCACGGAUCCGGCCGGAGAGCUGGGCCGGGUGCAGGAUUUCCUGGGGCUCAAACGCAUCGUCACUGACAAGCACUUUUAUUUUAACAAAACAAAAGGCUUCCCCUGCCUGAAGAAGCCAGAGAGUAGCAGCUCACCGCGAUGCCUAGGCAAGUCGAAAGGGAGACCUCACGUACAGAUCGACCAGGACAUCAUCGAGCAGCUGCAUGACUUUUAUAGACCAUAUAAUAUCAAAUUUUAUGAAACGGUUGGACAUGAUUUCAGGUGGGACUGAUGAACGGAAGAGAUACAAGAAGGAGGAACAUGGGUUUCUGCUUACUAUAACCUGGAUAAUAAAGGUUAGGGGAGGAUUUAUUACAGUUUAUUGAUGUGUCAGUCUGUCCGUAGUAAUUAUUACAUCAGUACUGUAUAGACCAGGGGUGGGCAAUCUAAUCCAGAAAGGGCCACCGUAUCUGCAGGUUUUUGCUGCAUCUGCCUAAUUAGAUUACUAAUUAGAGGACUGAUUACCUGACGAGUCCUCACACCUGGGCUUGAACAGCUGACCUAAAGGUUAUCUCAAAAACCUGCAUGCACACCAGCCCUUUGCAGAUAAGAUUGGCCACCUGGUAUAGACAGUAUAGGCUGCCGGUUAAUCAGCUUUAAGCAAUCAUACCUUUUUUUCCCGUUUUCUCUUUUUUUAAUCAGUUUCAAGUCUCCCACGGUGAGGGUAUAUGAGAGGGUAUAUGAGAGGGUGUAUGGGAAUAUGAGAAUCACUAAGUGCUUAUUCAUGCCUAAUGGCAAACUAAUUGUUUGACCAUUUCUGUAGUACAACCACACAAAGGGUGAAUGGUUUUCUUAAGACUUUUUUC